AUGCCCAUCCAAGAGGUCAUCCACGCCGAAGCCGUGGCAACCUACACGGAAGCACACCUCGUGCCAGCCCAGCCCGAGCUCGACCACGCGUAUUCCAACAGCACCGCCCACGGCAUCCCACACAUCGCGAUUUCUCCAGCACAAGGGAAAUUCCUUUCCUUGCUAACCACCAUUUCGGGGGCGAAGAACGUGCUCGAGCUCGGCACGCUCGGCGGGUAUUCGGGCAUCUGGUUCUCGAAGGCCCUCAAAAGCCGCACAGCCGGAGAUGGACCCGGCAAGCUCACAAGCAUCGAGAUCGACCCUGCUCGACGCGGCGUCGCAAUCCAAAACCUCGAGUACGCGAACGUCAAAGUACCUGAGGAUGUUGGGAUUCUCCUGGGCGCUGCGCUGGAUGUGCUGCCCCGGCUUGCCAGGGAGAUCGAAGGGGGAAAGCGCGAGCGAUUUGAUUUUGUCUUCAUCGAUGCCGACUGGGAGAAUCAGUGGAACUACUUUGACUGGGGAGUGAAGCUGUCAAAUGGCAAGGGAAGUGUGAUCUAUGUGGACAAUACUGUGCGCGAAAUGUUGGAGAAUGGGUCGGUAGGGCCGAGGGAGAAAGGUCCUAAUGUUGACAGCUUGGUCGAGAAGGUGGGAAAGGAUGAAAGGGUUGAUGCAACCGUGAUACAGACAGUUGGGAGCAAAAGCUAUGACGGAUUUUUGCUGGCGGUGGUACGAUAA